AUGGACGGGCCAGAGGACACCAAUGCGGAGAAGUUGACAGCUUCGGAGCGAAGCUCUGCUGUCCAUCGCAAGCCUCGGUUCCUCGUCAUUGGCGCCGGUCGGCGUGGAACCGCCUAUGCGUCUGCCGUGCGACGAGAGAGAUUGUCAGCCAUCAUUGCUGCGGUUGCAGAGCCAGUCCGGUCGACACGGAUUUCGUUUGGCAAGAAAUAUGUCUGGGAGGAUGGGCCACCGCGGGAAGACCAGGCUUUCGAGUCGUGGCAGCAUUUUCUCGACUACGAGACGAACCGAAGGGAGGCCGAAGCUGCCGGUAAGAAGGUAUAUGCUGGGAUUGACGGCAUCAUUGUGUGCACCCAGGACCACACGCACAAAGAGAUCCUGCAGGCGUUUGGGCCGUUGAAAUUGCACGUCUUAUGCGAGAAGCCGAUUUCAACAUCUCUCCAGGACUGUCAGGACAUAUACGUUAGCCUCGGAGCCAACAGUCCAGAAAGGAUCUUCUCAACCGGCCAUGUCCUGCGAUACAGCCCUCACAACAUGCUUUUGAGGAGGCUCCUGUUAGAGGACAGGGCGAUCGGGAGAUCAUAUCGGUCGAGCACACAGAGCCAGUUGGUUGGUUCCACUUCUCACACUCUUAUGUGCGAGGCAACUGGCGAAAGGAGUCCGUUGCGGCUCCAUCGCUCCUUUGCAAGUCUUGUCAUGACAUCGACUUCAUAUUGUGGCUACUCUGCUACAGGACGGACUUUGGCGAACCGGCGCACAUGCCCAGCCUGGUUUCCUCAGUUGGCAACCUGUCACUCUUCACCAAGCAUCGAAAACCAGCGGCAGCCGAAAGUGCCACCAAUUGCUUCUCGUGCCCUCACGAACGGAACUGCGAUUGGAGUGCCAAGAAGCUGUACGUCGAGAAGCUCUACGACAAGGGAGAGCGAGACUGGCCGAUAUGCGUCGUCGUCCCAGACAUAG